AUGUCUCCAUUAUUACUGCCGUCAUCGUUACCACGCUCUACAUCCCUUCGAUUAAUGACAUACAAUAUAAUGCGUGGGCGUUACACAUGUUAUCAAGAUAUUCUGAAAAUGAAUCCGCUUUUUACUCGAGGGCAAUUAAUUACAACACGUAGCGAAUUUAUGAAUGCAAAUUUAGUAACAAUUGCAAAAAUAAUUGCUCAAUUUCAACCAGAUGUUUUGGCUUUACAAGAAAUUCAAGAAAAUUUCAUGACAAUUAAAAAUUCGAUUAAUGAACAAGAAAUAUCAAGCGCAACGUAUCUCGCUAAUCUUCUCAAUAUGUCUGUCGUCUUUCAUCCAUCAUUAUUUGAUAGCGAUGUUCAAAUGCAGUAUGGCAAUGCCAUUCUAUUUAAUAAUCGUUCAUUAAAAUAUUUAAAUUUAGAAGUUGUAUCACUACCACUGGGUCUCGAGCCACGGAAUACGCCGUGUGUUUUAUUCGAUAAAAACAAUGUGAUGUUUUAUACUUGUGCAAUUCAUCUUGAUCAUGAUACGAACAAUCGCGUUCGAACUCGUCAGGCUCGUGUACUUGUCGAUUGGGCGAAACAGAAACAACAUGUUCCAGUGACAUUUUUAGGUGAUUUUAAUGAUAAUUCAACAUCCGAAACGAUGAAUAUUCUAAAAGAUAUAUUUACGACUGGUGGUUCUCCUAAUGAUCCAAAAAUUGAAUUACCAACGUGGUCCGAAUGCCGAGAACCGUUGACAGAUAAAAUUGACUAUAUUUUAAUUGAUAAACGGUACGAAUGGAUAGUUGAACAGUUUAUGUACGGUUUGGAGAUUAUAACGCCUUAUAGAGGAACAAAUAUCACAAUGUUUUCGGAUCAUUUGCCAUUAUUUAUGAGCACGAUUCUUCAUGUAUAG